AUGCUCCUCUCCUCUGGCCACAGCACGGCAGGGCUAGGGCGCCGCGGGGACACGGUGCUGGACAUCGUCACUGCCCAGCACAGCGGCGCCAGCGGAGCCCCAGGCGAGAGCCCUGCUCACGGCAGGGUGUCCUGCUCUGUGCUGGGGGCUCCACUGCCGCCGGAGCCGGCCCUGGGCCCCCGCCAGAGCACGCCGGGGAGAAACCGCCAUAAAUCCUGCCGGCCUCCGCUCUCGGCUUCUCCCUCCUCUGCCGCGGCUGUGCUGGUGCUGUCUGGCAGGCGCGAGCCCCGGCUGUCAUCGGCAGAUCAGACGAGGCUGAAAUUUGACAGGCCUGUGGAAAAACACGGGGUGACAUCACGCAGAGACACCGGCCCACCGAUUCAUCUCCGAGAUAACCGGGAAAGCUUUGGGGUGGGUGAUUCUGAAUUGGAACAGAAACAGGUUUCAAAAUGUUUUGCAAAGACAGAACUUCAUCUCUGUUGCCAAGUGCCGAUAGCGAGGGGGAUGCUGCGGAGCGGCGGAUGCAGUUCGGACGGGUGCCCGGCAGUGAUGAGGAUUUACUGGUGCCUCCGUGACCCCGUGCUCGGCGCUGGCUGCUGCGGGGCUCUCGGACGGGGGGCUCACCUUUGCUUGGUGAGAGACCCGCCGGCGUGUGGACCUGGGGCUGCGCAGCACCCGCACGCCGAGCCUGGGACCGCAUCCCCGAGCGCACUGCGGCCAGUUCACCGGGCACGGCCAGUGCCCGCUCAGCGGACGUAACGCCGAGCCUCCCCAGGCCUGCGGUGAACAGCACAGACCUCAUCUUUCCUGGCUUCAGGCUCCCUGUAGCAGCCCCCGUCUGGUCACCGAGUCCCGAUGAAUCUCUGCUGAAAAGCUCGCAGUGUUGCAGCUCGGCGUGGCGGGGAAUUUGGAAGGAGAAAGAGAAGGUGGAAUAAGCGCGGAAGCAUGGAGAGUCCAAGCGUAAGUCCAAACUAGGGCAGGAAAAGCACCGCACACAGCGCUAACCUUAUCAUCCAGGAUGGAUUUUAAGUGCUUCUUCAGUGACUCAUAGUCCCUGAAUGGGUUUGAAGGACUGUCCGCCUGCGAGGAGAGGCCAGGGAGCUCCAGAUCAGAUAACAGGUUAUGACAAAGCCCGCAGGCGGCCUCGCACGGGGCAUCGGCCGGGCCGGUGGCCGGGGCUGCUUGGCCCCGCGGGGAGGGACGAAAUGCGGUUUCUCACGUGUGGUUUGGAUGGGCAGGGGGUGGCGGAGCCCCUCACACCCACACGCCGCUCCCGCGAGGGAUCUGGUUGCUGGUGUCCUGCACAGCGUGGUCCCCUGCUCCAAGUCCCCCUUCAGUCUUGGGACACCGACCCUCCGCAGAGCGGCGCUGGGGGGCUGGCACACCUCACUGCAGGGCCAGGCCAUGCUUUCUUCAGCCGCCUCC